UGGUCUGCGUCUCUCUGCCCUUCAACCCAUUUUGUCAUUAUUAUCAGGUUUUCAGGUUUGCUAUUAGUUUGACCAGUUUAGGUUUCUUCAGUUAUUUGUCAUGCCUCAUUGCCUGUUCUGUCACUCCACCACUUUGUAAAUAAACGUCACUCAUAUCAUCAGUCUAUUGCAUGCAUUUUGGGUCCUCAUUCUCACAACACCUCACGGCUCGCCUCGGCAGCUGUAACAUGAGGAAAUGCUAGGAAGGCGUUUCCCCACACCUGACCCACAUGAAGACUGAAAAGAAAGAAAAGUGUUUGAUUUGCUGGCAACAGAACGCUUACACAAACAAACCCGGGACAACCAAUGCCCAGGAGUGCAACCAUAUUCCAAAUAAACAAACAAGCUAAUGAAGAAUACGAGCAAAUACACUCAGAAUGGAAGGAAGGAGGGAAGAACUCAGGAGCCUCCAAGAGGAAGGAAACGGACAAAAACGACACUACGAGAUGAUAUGUGCUAUUGGAUCCUAAGAGAAAAAGGAAGACAAGUAAGAGUUCAAGUGAGAGGUAAGUGACGGGAAAAGGUAGAAUUUAACAAAGUUUCUUUAAACUUCAGUAUUGCCAAAUAAAUGAAUCAGUUGUCAUAUAACUAACAACAUCUGUUCUAUCAUCUCUAACACCCUGGAGGACAACGGGGAGAGUUUAGACACUCUCCAAGAUUACAUCGACCGGUGCUUCCAAGAUUUAAUAAUGAAGAAGGCCCAGAGUGCAUCUUCCCCGGCCAAAAUUGAGACACCGUCAUCGAAGAGAUAUCGCCCGGCAGACUCCCCCAGCACAAUAUCGCCUGCCGGAAAAGACAUUGCAGACAUCCUGGAAUCAAUCGACAAGCGAUUGUCCAGUUUCGAUGCGAGGCUGUCCCUGGUGGAAAUUUUACACCGGGAAUUUAAAUCUCUGAGAGAAUCUCUGGAGUUCAGCCAACAGCAGGUGGAAACACUUGCUGCUGAAAAUGCCACCCUAUGGGAGUCGGUCAAAUCUCUCACCGAUAACGUGACCCAGUUAAACAUAGAAAAUAAAAAAAUAAAAGAGUCCGUUAUCGAUCUACAAGCCCGUAGCAUGCGAGACAACCUUGUGUUUUCUGGUAUUCCAGAAUCUGCCAGAGAGGACGCGGAGGCAACGGUGAAAAUCUUCAUUAAAAUCCACCUGAAGCUGCUGGAGGACACCGUAAAGAGUGCAUCGCUUGGGGGCCGCGAGGUCGCCGACCGGAAGACCACGUCCAAUUGUGGCCAAAUUCGGCCAAUUCAAACAGAAGGAACAGGUGAAGAGUCACGGCAGGGAGCUGAAAGGAACGGACUUCAGCGUGAACGACCAGUUCCCCAAAGAGAUCCUGGAACGACGCAAGGUCCUGUUCCCAAUUCGACGUAGCUUCAUCCAGAGAGGCUCCCGCGCUGUCAUCGCCGUGGACCGGCUCUACGUGGACGGACAGCUCUACUGCGACCCCGGCACCACUCAGUGGUUAUAUUGACUGCACUCCAGAUAAGAACCCACUACACUCUUUUCUUAUUCAUUCACACUCUCUCCUUUAACAUGUGUUUAACCUAGUAAUAUCAGUAUGAUGUCAUAGCAGAUAUAACACGGUCACCCUCCGUCAUUGCUUUAAUUGGAAUGUUUCCGUUUCUUUUCUCUUUUUUUUGGCUCACCAUUCUCCUGGUUUCUUUCUGUCUCUUUUCUUUCACUGCUGUGAUCACCUACUUCCCCACUCACCUACAAACAACACCCUCUAUUUCUGCAUAUUCACACACCACGAUCACCCAAACACAUGCGCUCAACGGCAGCACACUUACAACAACCUCACAGCGCACACAGUCUUAUAGGACACACACGCAAGCCACGCUUGUUCAUAUUAGUUAAUAUACACACACAUAGUCAGACUUAUGGAGCCUCUAACCACACAUUUUGUUUUCUCUUUCUAUUUAUAUGUAUCACUUUUACAUAAGUAGAUUUAAGGGAUAACUAUUGCCAAAACGCAACCUGGGCUGUUUUUUUUUUUUUUUACUGUAUCGAUUUUGAUGCGCUCAAAUUUAUGCCCCGCCCCCCUAGUAUUCCCAUUCACUGGCUAUUGACCACAAAACAAAAUCACGGUCAAUCUCAAAAACGGCUCGUUUGUCGUAAUUAUGCUUAUAGAUAUAUGUUUGUCUCAUUUACAGUUAAAAAAAAAAAAAAAAACAGCCAAGGUUGCAUUUUGACAAUAGCUAUCCUUUAAGAACUGUAUAUUUUACAGUUAAGAAAUCAUUUAUCAUUAGAUCUGUUGUUGGCAGCACGUUUUGUUCAUUUCUGUGCAUUUUGCUCAAGCACUGAUCAAACUUUGUCCAUUUUUUGCUGCAGAGGGGAUCCUGUCAGUCCAAAGUGAACUCCUGAUGGACAUUGAAGUACUCCUGCAGAGCUUGUAUCUUCGACACCAUGCGCAUUAGAAACUCCACUGAGUCCUUUCCUUCACCAAGGCAGGACCCAGUGACUCAUUACUGUUGAUAGGUCAGGGGCAGGUAAUAUUUUGUUUCAUGUUUAUUCAUUCCUCCAUGGAUUACCAGCCAUAUAUAUGGACACAUGCUGUAUUCUCAAGAUCUAUGCUGUUUUGUAGGAAUAGAGAA